UGCACGUAGACCAGCUGCUGAGAUUUUGCUGUAGUUUCCCGUAGGAACAGCAGAUGGCACACUGACCAUUGCCUCCUCCGGCCCUCUAAUGUGGGCCUGAUAUAUUAAGAGGGGGAGGGUCCUCUUCAUUGGAAAUCAUCAGAAAUCUUUUAUCUGCAACACAGCUGCCUAAAAGGUGGGCUCACAAUUAUGUGUUCAGUGCGUGGACCCUUCUUUAUGAAAACCUGAAGAGUUUCUUUGGAACUAAACUCUGCAGAGGAAAUGUGAUAUCCUCGUUCAGUUCUGAAUUUAUUUAUUGUCAUUGUGUAUAUUUUUUGCACGAAGUUCAGAAAAUGUGAAACUUUUGAAGCACUUUUCCUGCGCUCGAACGCCUCUCCUGUUUGUUGAAGGUGUCGGAGAAUCGGAGGAUUUGUUGCUGUGCUCCCUGUUGCCGAUCAGCCAUUGUGGAUUUUCUGAAAGGGGCAAGGACUUCUUCAUUUGCCCGCUGGCUACAGUAGUUGAAUGCAUGAAAGAAACUGCUGUGCACACUUGAAUGAGCCAUGAGGCUGAUGUCCCGGGUCAAAGCGGACUGCCAGCAACCGGGAAUGGAUUAGUAACAUUUUCGGAGGGUUUGUGAACGCACCUUUGAUUGUGUGAUAUCGUUUGUAGCAAUUUCGUUCAGAUUUCUAAUGUGCCAAGUUAAAAAAUGAGCAGAUAGCUCACUUGUUUGGGAGCUUGAGAUUAAAUGUAAGCGGAGGAGAAGAGAAUAAACCCUACAGCACUUUUGUCACCGCAUCUUCGUCACUCUACAACUCUGAGCUGCCAUCUGGGGACCACAGAGCAGAUCAUGAAGAAGAUGGCACCUCAGCAGGCCUGGACUCAGAUCACAAUCACAUUACUGUCUGUAUUCUCCCUGAUCCAGUGCAGCACAGUGGCAGAUAUCCCAGAGGAAGAGGGCUUCAGUGCUGAGGCGUGGCUUCGUAAGUUUGGCUACCUGUCCCAGGCGAGCAGACAGAUGUCCACCAUGCAGUCGGCUCAGAUCCUGUCCAAAGCCAUCAGCGACAUGCAGCGUUUCUAUGGGCUGGAGGUGACUGGAGAGAUGAACCCUGCCACUCUUGCGGCCAUGCGCCGACCUCGCUGUGGCGUCCCUGACAGAAAAGCAGAGGAGAUGAGCGAUGGUGCGAGGAAGAAACGCUACACACUCACUGGGCAGCAGUGGGACAAGGACCACAUCACUUACAGUAUAAUGAACCAGCUCAUCCCCUCGUCGCUGGGAGAGGAACACAUGUACAAUGCUAUCCGCAAGGCCUUUGAUGUGUGGAGACAGGUCACCCCGCUCACCUUUGAGGAGCUGCCCGCUGAAAACAACGUCAGCCUCAACGGCAGCCAAACACAGCUCGCUGACAUCCUCCUGUUGUUUGCCUCUGGUUUCCAUGGUGAUAUGUCCUUGUUUGAUGGCGAGGGGGGGUCACUGGCACACGCCUACUAUCCCGGACCAGGAAUUGGUGGGGAUACACACUUUGAUGCUGAUGAGCCCUGGACACUAGACAACCAAAAUCCAGAAGGUAUAGACCUCUUCCUGGUUGCCGUCCAUGAGCUCGGUCAUGCUCUGGGUCUGGAGCACUCAGAUAACCCCAGCGCCAUAAUGGCUCCUUUUUACCAGUGGAUUAACACACACAACUUCACACUGCAUGAGGAUGACAUCAGAGGAAUACAGCACAUAUAUGGUCCUCCUCUCGUCACUAAUGCUCCACCCACUGCUCCUCCCACCCCCAAAGAUGAACCCGAUGGUGACUCCCCCACCUCUCGUUCUCCACCUGAAGAUGAGCCCACUCCCUCUUCCCCACCCGACUCACCUGACUCACCCGGCGACCACCCGGAUCCCCCAGACCGUCCAGAGCCGACACCCAGCCCUACCUCACCUCCCGUCCUCGCCACCUCCACCCCCACCAUUUCCCAGCCUGAGCCGGAACCUGUCACCCCGACAGUCAGAAAAGACGUCCCCCAUCCUCCUCCACCUCCACCGCCUCCUCCUCCUCGGCCCCCUGCUCCUCCGCGGCCCCCCAAGCUGCCAGACAACCAUCCCCCCAACAUCUGUGACGGGGACUUUGACACGGUGACCAUGCUGAGAGGAGAGAUGUUUGUUUUCAAGGGUCGUUGGUUCUGGCGUGUGCGGCGGAACCGGGUCCUGGAUAACUACCCCAUGCCCAUAUCCGUCUUCUGGAUUGGCCUGCCCAGUGACAUCGACGCCGCCUAUGAACGCCACGAUGGCAAAUUUGUCUUCUUUAAAGAUGAUAGAUACUGGGUGUUCAGGGAGGCUGAUGUGCUGCCAGGAUACCCACAGCCCCUACAUGAGUAUGGACGAGGAGUUCCUGCACACAAGAUUGACACGGCCAUCUGGUGGGAGCCCAAUGGAUUCACAUACUUCUUCUCAGGAGACAGGUACUGGCGAUACAAUGAGGAGACUCGGACUACAGACCGCGACUUUCCCAAGCCAAUCAGCAGAUGGGGCAGGAUCCCUCCCUCUCCCAAAGGAGCCUUCCUCAGCGAUGACGGCGCUUACACCUAUUUCUACAAAGGCACUAAUUACUGGAGGUUUGACAACCACAAGACAGAAGCAGAUAAAGGUUACCCUCGCUCCAUCCUGAAGGAUUUCAUGGGCUGCGUGGGAGUCCCUGACCCCAAACCUGACCCUGACACCGAGCAGGAACCGAAAGAAAAACCAGUGAACCCUUCAGACCGAGGCAAGGACGAACACAAAGAGCCAGACAGGGGCCGGGGCAAAGACGCAAACCCAGAGGAAGACCAAGGCUCCAAUCCUGACAGCACAGAGGAGGAGGAGGACAAAGAGGUGAACGUGGUUGUGACGAUGGCCGACAAUGAAUCAAAGGUCAUGACCCUGAUCAUGGUGACCGUUCCUCUGGUCCUCAUCCUGUGCAUCCUCAUCCUCGUCUACGCCAUCCUCAGGACUCUGCAGAACAAAGAGACGCCGAGGGCCUUGGUGCACUGCAAGCGCUCGCUGCAGGACUGGGUGUGACGCGCAGAAUUAGAAAAGAUAGAACGGGUAUCGAUCGUUUGUCUGGUGCAGUCAUUGGAAUUAAAUUUUACAUAUGGCACGGUGGAAAGAGGCUUUGACACAUCACUAAAGUCUAAGAAAGCCAAGGAUGAGUCACCUUUUUGAGCCCCAUUCAUUGUGAGAACUUUUAUUGCUCAUGUGAAAUAAUGUUUAAGUGGUAAAAUUGGUGCCUGUGGAGCUACAAUGUACAUUUCCCGCUACUGGCCUUGACGUUUUUCUCCUGUGCCUCCCUUUGUGCCUUUCAAAAUAUCUGGAAAAGUACCACUUUUUCUUAAAAAUCAUGGCCGUUUCCAUCACCACGUAAAAAAAAUGUGUACUGUAAAAGACACAAGACUCUCAAGGAACAUCUGUUUCUAUCAAUUCUAAUUGUAAAGAGGAGGGACAGAGAGUGUAUUUGUAGUAUAAAUGCAGACAAAGUCAGUAAUGCACAUACACUAACCAGAAGCACACACACUGUACAUACACACCAAAAUGAGUGCUUACAGCUUUUAAAACAAAUACAAAUACAUGCAUUCAUAUGAGCAAGUCUUUCAUACCUUCAACUAAGGUGCUUCAACCAAUUUUGACAUUUUCUUUCUGUUUAGAACAGAUAAUUUGCACUUUUGAUUCUGUUUAUUGUUGUUUUUGUUUUUGCUGAGGUUGCUUCACUGCCAACGUGUGUGUGUGUGUGUGUGUGUGUGUGUGUGUGUGUGUGUGUGUGUGUGUGUGUGUGUGUGUGUGUGUGUUUGUUCGUUCGUGCAAAGCUGGAUUUUCUGCGCUUAUUAAACACACAGACACUGGCAGGAGAAGCUCGUCCUCUGACCAGCACAGGAAUGUCAGACAGCUGUGUGCGUCCAUGACCGCCCAUCUCCCACUGAGCCCAUUAUGUCUGCCCUCUCUCUCUCUCUCUCUCUAUCACACACACACACACACACACACACACGCACGCACGCACCAUAAUCACAUAAUUGCUAAAAAAAACAACAAAAAAAAACCUCUUAACUGCAUUCAUUUGUACAUGCAUGUCCACAUAUGUAGACACAAACACAUAGAGAGACCACUUCCCUAGACAAAGGCACAUAGAGUUUUUGCACACAGACACACGGGCUCCAGCCUCCCCUCCUCCCACCAUAGCCACAAUAACUGCUCAGACUGCACCACUAAAAACACAAUCCCAGCAGAGACAUAUUGAUAUACGACUGGUUCCAGGGCUGGAAUGAAAUACAAGAGGGAGGUGAUUUAAUCACUUUUUACAAGUAGAAUUGAAAAGUAUUGUGAUUUAAACAAAUUCUGUCCAUCUCAACUCAACCUGUGAAGAGUAAAAACAUAGCUGCCGUUUCUGCCUCUCUCUAUCUCCUCUCCUUUUUUCAUGCUAAAGCUAAAUAGAGUCAAAGCUAAUUAAGUGCACAAAGGAGAAGCCUGCAGGCUAGAAAAGAAUGGGUCAGGGUCUGGUUUCCAUUAAACCCACAUGUUGCUGAUUUAGUAGUGUCAGGCAAGAGAGGGAGGAGAGAGGAGAGUAGUGAAAAAAUGCAAAAAGAAGGAGGUAAAAAAAAAAAAGUGGUGGCGGGGAGUUGGGAGAAAAGGGCGAAUGAGAGAGAAUGAGAUGAGGAGGGAGAGAGAGAAACAUGGGGAGGCAGAGAUUAAGGAGAGGAGAGGGAGGGUUCUGCCAGCAUUUCCUUUCUGAGGGAAGGAGGUUGGAAGGAUUUUGGGGAGGGGCAGCGCUGGCGUUGCGCCUCUUGACCUAGAUUGGGCCACUAAAGUCCACUCCUCUUUUUCAGCUCUUCUUGUUUUUGCUCUGCCUGUUGUCAUGAGCUGAAGAUGACUUCCUCUGCGACCCCACCCCUACCCCCCUCUCUUCCCUCUCUCCCCUAACCUUUUUCCUUUUUUACUUUUGGUUUUCCAUUCUUAGUGUGUCCUUUCUGUGUAAUUGCUGUAAGCCACCCCACUUCUGUGUUCUCACAUGUAUUCAUUUUCUUCUCCAGUCUUGUGGAAAUUCAACUCAAGCAUUUAAAAGAUAAUUAACGCACACAAAUAUCUGCAGGAUGUGAUGUGAUCCUGUCUCCCAGUAUCUAUCCACUAUCCUGUCUCACUUUAUCUCUUUACCUUUCUUGUCUCUGUGUAAAGCCACUAUUCACAUGCUACCAUCAUUAUCCUUUGCUUCACAUUUGUGCCUUUACAUUGUGCUUGUAUUUUGUUUUGGCCUGUCUUACGUGUUACAUUGUGCCUUUUUUUUCUGUGAAUAUUGGGGGGCUUUUUUAUUUUUAUUUUUUACUAUAAAUAGCAUGAGGGACAGUUUUUUAAAUGUGUUUCUUCCCUUUUUUACUCUACUUAUCAUUUUUAGUUUUGUACAUUUUGUUUCUGUUCAGAUUUUGUGUAAGAACAGCAGUAGAUUAUUACAAUGUUGAUGCAUGCAGGGCAUGUUCUGUUAGGCCUGUGCACUCCUGUGUAGAGUACAUUAAAAUUUCACAAUAAAACUCACAGGUAAAAGCAACACAAUGCUGCAGUGUGCUGCAGUUUAUGGCUUCAUGUUGUAAUUAUUAUUACACCUUUAUCCCAC